GCUGGGUCUGAUUUGGAUGAUGGCCACAGGGUGGCGCUAUCGUUAUGUUCACUGGCUGCUUGUCUCGAUUUGAUUGAACAUCAAGUGAGUCAUCACAACUGAAGAGCACCAUCUUUAUCAUGGGGCGCCGGGGAAUUCUUCCGGACCGCCCACCGGUAAACCAGCCGUACAUCGAGCGAAAUUUCAGAGAUGGAGGCAUUCUACGGUACGUUCUGCACGGGGACUCGUGGCGUGUCUGGGUUCCUCACAGCUUGGGCAGAGCAAACUUGGAGUACCUGGACGCGCAGGUACAGUUUGCACCGAAGAAAAACGGACCGGUUGCAAAGCUGGCAAAUGGAGAAGAUGCGCCUAUCUUAUGUGCCAUAGAUUGAUAUAAGUACGCAUUUCUCAUUAGUGGUUGCUCAGGAUCAUAGGGCUCCUCGGUUCCACUUGUGAGUCCUGAAAUAGUUCAUACUUUGAUGAAGAUAGGGGCUCGAUAAGGAAGCCCAGUCUCUUUCUCGGCAAGUCUAGUUUCUGUAUACUUUGACUCUAACUCUGGUCGCCAGUGCAAGUAACUGCAGAAACGUCACUCGACGUUUGCUUCGCAAGACGUACAUGGCGGACGCAGCACGGCGGGAGCAGGUCGUGAAGGACCAGGAGAUGAAUAAAUUGAAGGCGCCAAGAUUUCCAUACGAUGUUGAUGCUGUUCCAAUGGAUUUCUUCUGGGGAGAGUAUCUACCUGCGCGUGCAGCUCAGGCGGGGAGUCGUUUAAGGCUAUUUGUGCUCGUCAUUAACUCUUACUCGAUCUCUAAAAGCAUCUCGUUAUUGGGUAAUUUUGUACUUGAUCUGCGGAGGGAGGCCACUAGGCUUCCAAUAAGACCUAGAGAUAAGCUAGCGAUAAAGUUUUAGGUAGAUCAGAAUUGGAUGAAUUCUUGCAAUAUUUUUUGUUUGACAUUUCAGCUUGCUAUAUUUGUUAUGGUAUGGCUGUAUCAUAGAAACAAUCUAACACUUGGCGUUCGCAAUUCGCGGCAGUUAACCAAGAUGCAGAGAAUGAAGAUCACUCGAGCAGAACGGUACGGAGAAAAAGUGCGCAAGCUAGUGCCAUGGGUUGUUGGAUUUCUGAGCUUUGUCGACACAUCGGAGCUCUUCAUCGAUACAGAAGAAAACCAGAUGUUCCUGGACAGCAUUGAGGCGGAGGAGGCUAUAGUAGAGAUGUGGGCUGCAAUGGAAGUAGAGACCUUUGAC